AUGGGCCAGGCACUGCGCCGCGCCUCGGGGCGCGUGAGGCCCCCUCCUCCCGCUCACUCGCCCUCGCCCUCGCCCUCGCCGCCCGCGAGGCAACCCCAGCCUCCCCCGCCUCUUUCCCGGGCGUCGCCGGCGGCCGCUGGCGGCGCGACGAAUGACCGGCUCGACGCGCCCUCCGGUGACGAUGUCACGACACCAAUGAAAAACGUCCAUGGUGUACUUGAGGAACGUGAUCCAAGUUAUGACGAGAUGCUCAAGCACAUGGUUGGGAGAAUCACUACUAAGCCUGGAGGAAAACCAGAAAUGGGUGAAGCUUCCGUUGUACAGCGGUACAACAGACCGCUCCCACAGGUCAGAACAUCAAAGGCUGAACCUGGGCAAAGUGGGGGCAGGCAGCUACCAUCAGGUGCCCUAAAUGUCCAGCACAUCCAGGAGAUAAUCCAACUGUACCAAGGAAAGUCUGCUAACCACCAGGGUCCGAUGAGUGUGGAUGACAUCGCCUCGAGGUUCAGAGUCGAAGCCUCUGUCGUCCAAAACAUUGUGCAGUUCGUUUCGCUGCCCCAGGACGAGACCGUCAAGAAGAAAGAUGAGCACUGA